UUUUACUAUGUACCACACAUCACUUAAAGCUUAAAUAUGUCAUCGGAUUCUUCAGAAUCAAAAAAACCUGAUCAAGUUUCCAAGGUGAAACCAUUACCAAGAAGAGUUCAAAAACUCCAAAGUUCAGAUGAAAGCGAUGAAAGGCAAAACAGCCAAGGGUCAAAAACUUCUCAGAAGAGUGUAAAGCAAACUUAUCAUCCUAAGGUGACUGUCCUCGAAGAGCUUAGUCUGAAACCAGUUGUUUCUGCUUAUAAGGACGAGUUACCCAAAGGAACAGCAACAACAGUAAACUCAACACCUCCAACUGUAAUUACAGCUGUUUUGAAGGAUUUGCGAGACGAUAUUGUUAGGAUACCAGAUUACAGGCAACCAGGUCCAAUGACUCUAGUGAAUGGUGACAGAGCUAUUGCAGUCAUUGGUGGUGACAACAUUUACGUCCAAAACAAGACAAAGUUCAUCCCCGUCCCUCGAGAGAAAAUCCUAACUGCUCCUAACCUCUGGCCCUAUUCUUCCAAAGUUGCAGAAGAUUCUUCAUUAGACGUUGCCAUUUUGGUUCAGAAGAUCUUCACUCCUCUCAGCUCCAUCUGCUUUGGGUUGUUAGGCGGAGUGGCACUUUUGCAACUUAUUCUGGUACACCAUCUGAUGGGUGAUGGUUCGGAGGAGGAGGUUAGAUUCUUCCUUCAGUCGUACUCACUGUUUGCUCAGAUCGCACCUCUCCUCUUUUAUGUUCUGCUGGCCAUUUGUAUUGUUUCCAUGUUAGAUAGAGUAACAGUUGAGCAGGACCCGUGGGUGUUUCGGCCAUCUUGGAUUGUUGUGGGAAUGUACGUCCUAACAUUGGUUGCUAACUUCAGCUGUGCUUCCUACGACGACAUGCUUACUAUGUAUCGUCAGAAUAAAACAAUCUUUGAGGACCGAAUGAAAACACAAGAAGUGAUGAGCGAAUGGCAAGCUCUCAACACUGCUCGGUGUUUGUUUGCUUUACUCGGAUGGCUUCUCUUCUCUUUGUCGUCACCCAAUGAUCUUCUUCUUGAGCAUCUCCAAAAUAUUCGGCAGUUUCAACAAGAAAAGCUUCCGACUAGUAUUGGAGUUCAGUAGUCAAAAUUGUAUUUUUCAUUCUUAUCAUUUAUUUAUUCAUUUGAAACGAAUUUAAACAAAUAAAAAUUUUUACAAAGGCUGAACACCAUGCUGCAAAAGCCUGAAAAGCAAGGUUUGCUGCCUUGUAGCAAGUGUUUGUUAAGUAUGCUGCCACAUGUAGUAUAAAGUG